ACGCCAAUAUUUGGGUGUGCAUUGCGGACAUAAAGUAAAAAGUCCUCAAGGACGGUUGUGUUGACCGGGGAGCGACUUGGUGGGCAAGAGCCAACAACUGGACGACAUAGCGGCUCACGUAUCAUAUCGCAGAUUUUAAAUGUAAAAUAGAAGAAAAGUUCCAAAAGUUGUAAAUGAAAAGGCACGGGAAAGCCACAAAUGUGACGGUCUUGGAGGAAGACGACUUUAAAUACGUACCCAAGAAGAAGACUGAACUCUUUGAAGAAGUCCAUUACGAGUUUAGAGAAGACUCCGAAGAUGAAGGACCGGUCAUUGUCAACGCUGAUGAAUUCAAUCGUGCACUCCCUCAGGAGAGACCAAAAUCUCCAUCGCCUCCAAGAAGAACUGUCGUUGAAUCGGAUGACGAAGAGAUUGUAUAUCGUGACAAAAGCGGCAGAAGGAUUACAAAGGAGCAGUGGCUUCUUAAUCAAAAGAAGGGGAAAAGUAAAAAGGAUGAGCCAAAACAGGUAUGUUAAACCACAGGGAUGUAAACGACCAAAGGAUGGCCAGAGUAUAAACUACUAUUUAGAAUAAUCUUGUGAUAGUGAAUAUCAUCCAUGAGUUGUCUACAGAGAGGACAGGUACCUGGAAUGUGACACAGAUGGAGGAUAGUAGAAGAGUGGGUGAGAAGAAAAGGAAUGGGCCUCAGGUUGAGAUGGAAGAGUGAUUCCGGGAUGAAUAAGGUGUAGAAGGCAGACUUUGAGAUGCUCAAUUUAAAGGUGUGUGCAAGAUGGACCUCAAAAGUGAUC